GACUUGUCAUAAACAUGAAUAUGUGACUCUUUAUAUUGAACGUUCCGUGAUUGACGUCCCUCGCGUUCCUGCAAUACCCGUACGUGUGUGUUAAUCGGACGGAGCUAACCUCGAGCCUCCAUUCCCGGAUCAACCUCAAGCACGUCUCUUAUCUAUCUACAACCAUGAGUGUGAUUACUCGUAGUGCUGCGCUGCGUCUCUUUGUUCGCGCUCGAGCUUUCUCCACUGCCCCACCUCCACGUCUCAGACGACUGGGACGCGUGCUAGUGCUUUCCAGCGCGUUGACUACCUCCGUGCUGGGUUACGCAUUCUACACCGAUGCUUCAAAUAUCGAACCGCCAUCUUUUGACACACGCACACUGUCGGAUCUUGUGCGUGCGUAUAUCGUGUACGGGACAUGUAGCAUCGCUCCCCUCGUUGAUGCGGCCCCGACGAUAUUGGAUAUCUUGUUCGGUACCCCUGGAGUCAGUAAGAUAGCUGAGAAUUUCGUGCGAGCCACUUUCUUUCAUCAGUUUGUCGGUGCAGACACGGCCAAUGGUGCACUACCACUGCUUGCGUCUCUUCGUGCAGAGAACAAAGGUGCUCUCUUUUCUUAUGCUGUUGAAGUCGACGAAAAGGAAGUGGCGGGUCAGACGAACAUGGAAAGGCAGCCCGCACACAAGCGUAUCAUAGAGGAGAUUAUAAGGACUAUCAACGCCUCCGCCGAUUUCGAGGACGGAAGGGAUGCACGUCAGAAUGGACACAUAGGGAGGCGGACUUGGGUUUCUGUGAAACUUACUGCUAUGCUUCCAAAUGCCCAAUCCUUGAUCAAUUUGUCAACACACCUCACGAAUACUCGAGCACCGCUUGAACCGCCGGUACUCUUUCCAGGGACUCCUUCACCGUCUGAUCUUUCCAUCUUGCAUUCAUCUACAUCAACAGGAGCACUAACAGAAUCUGACAUCCAUGACCUGAAAGAGCUAUACAACGACCUUGUGCAGAUUUGUACUCGUGCUGAAGAACGCGGAGUAAGGGUGUUCAUCGAUGCAGAGCAUAGUUGGUACCAACCCGCCAUCGACGCGUUUGGACACGCGUUGAUGGAGCAAUUCAAUAAGCUCCCCUCCAAUGGCUUCCGGCGGACAUGGCGGGAAAUAUCCUCUUGGACAUCCUCCCCAUCCGCGAGAGAACCUGUGCACGACAAAGUGCGGCCUCUCGUGUAUGUGACCUAUCAAGCUUAUCUACGACGGACGCCCAUGCACCUCGCGCAUUCCCUGGCGCUGGCCCGUGCCAGAGGAUAUGCACUUGGAGUGAAACUUGUCCGGGGAGCUUAUCACCCAUAUGAGCUUGCUGUCCAUCAGCUGGCUCGUUCAGCUGACUCUGCAGUCGGACCCUAUUCAUCAAAUCACUCACGCUCGCUCUCCAUAUCUCCCGACCCUGAACCCCCUGUUCAACCCUCGAAGGAUGCGACGGACCAGUGUUAUUAUGACUGCGUGACCAUGUUGAUCGAUGCAAUCUCCCAAGACGUCCCCCGCUCCGGCCGAUUUGGUGCACCAGGCAUUGGUGUCUUCUUUGGUACGCAUAACUGGACCUCGUGCGAGUUCAUCCUCGAGGAACUUGUUAAGAAGGGCCUGGGAGUCGUCGAGCGCGUUGGCAUCGAUGAGGUGCAAGAAGACGUGGUGCAGAUCCCGCUUGAAGUUGGGGAGAGGAUUGCAUUUGGGCAGCUGUAUGGGAUGUCAGAUACGCUGACGAAUUACCUCGUCGGGCGGACGCGGUGUGAAAGCCCAUGUGUGAUCAAGUAUGUUCCUUUCGGCACACUGCUGCAGGUCAUGCCCUACCUUUCACGUCGGGCGAUUGAGAACAAGAGCGUCCUCGGAGCAGGGGGUGCCACAAGAGAGAGAAAGGAGGCUGCAGCUCUCAUUUGGAAGAAGAUGAAAGGAUUGGUUGUGUCAUAGACUCAUCUGGGCCCGUCAAAUUUUUAUUGGGUGAAACGCGAAUUUUGAUGCAACAAAGGGCUCCAGACGCAGGAUU